UGCUAAAGCUCCGCCCGCCGCUGACCGCUCGUCAGUCUGUGUCAAAGUUCCGAGAGUAACGGCAGGAGCGGCGGCGGAUAAUGGCGAAGAUCUGCGGUAUUUUACUAUUCGUAACGCUGAUUCUGGCGAUACUACAUACUUCAUCGUCUGAAGGACAACUGAAGACAGUCCGACACAAGAGAGAAUGGAUUGUCCCACCACACAGACUGAGGGAAAAUGUCGAUUAUACGUAUCGGGAUUACAUAGCCAAAAUCCGUUCAGACGAGGAGACCAGGAUGAGUAUACGAUAUUCACUGGCUGGACAUGGUGCUAGCCUGCCACCCGAAAACUUGUUCACUGUUGAUAGUAAGACGGGCUUGGUCAGGAUCCAUGGAUUGUUAGACAGAGAGAAAACUUCCAUUUAUUAUCUUCAAGGGAUGGCCAAGUUUCUAAAUGGCAGGCGUGCUGAGAAAGAUAUUGAAUUGAGAAUCGUGGUGGAGGAUGAGAACGAUUGCGCUCCUGUGUUUAACCAGACCAUCGGAGCUGUUUAUGAGUGGAGCAGUACAGCCACGUUUGCAACGACUGCCAUCGCAACAGACGCGGAUCAAGAAGGAACUCUGCAUGCAAAAAUCGCCUACAGCAUUGUUAAACAGCAUCCCGAAGAGAUGUUCUACAUUAAUCCACAGACCGGUGGGUUAUACGUCAUGAAAAACGCGCUCGACAGAGAGAAACAUGACACAUACACGUUGAUUGUUAAAGGGACUGAUAUGAACGGAGCUGUGGAUGGAAAUUCAGGAACAGGGACAGUUACCAUCAGUAUUCUUGAUGUCAAUGACAACAUCCCUACUUUAAAGAGCGCCUAUUAUGAGUGCAGUGUGGAGGAAAACACUGUAAAUGUGGAAGUGGUGAGGAUUCAAGCGAUCGACAUGGAUCAGAAGUAUACUGACAACUGGCUUGCCGUCUUCACAAUCGUGUCAGGAAACGAGGCCGGUUAUUUCUCCAUAAGCACAGACAACAAGACCAACGAAGGCAUUGUGAUUCUCAAAAAGGUAGAUUGAUCCAUCUGUCAUUUCUUCUGUUUUGCUCUUACAAACGGUGCUUUGUUUUCCGUUGCACAACAGCUGUCGAGAUGAAUGUAGUUUUCUCCGCUCCAUCCUUCAAUAAGCUUCAAUAGGCCGACUGUAAAAUUCUUCAAUAGCCUCAGUGCAAAACCUGCAUUACAUUCUGACAGAUUAAAAAAAACAAUUUGCACUGAGAUGUGCCGUGUUCAUAGCAGAACGCUGUGUUCUUAUUUAGGCACGCAAUUCACACUGUGUGAGAACAUGACAGACAAACAAGUUAAAGAAAAAAGUGUUAUAUUAGUAUCACUG